AUGAGCAUGCCACCACCCGAUACUAUACCUAACAACACCACCACCAACUUAUUUUCGACCAAUGACAUGUUGGCAAGACGAAUCAAACCAAUAGAAACCUGUGACAACUGUAAGAAUCGUAAAGUAAAAUGUAACAAAGAAAAGCCAAUUUGUGGGACUUGCAAUAAGACUAAACGUGUCUGUACUUAUAACUUUUCAGCAUCAUCGAAACGACCUCGCCCAAAAAGUGAACUUGAAAUUCUACAAGAACAAAAUGUUGCAUUACAAGUUGAAAAUGAUUAUUUAGCUGGAAAUGGAGUUCUUGACUGGAGUGGGUUUUAUCCUCCUUUGGAUGUAGAAUCUAUCCAAUUUCUACCAAGUUUAAAUCAAAAUCUUUCUGAAGAAACAUUACAAUUUACUUCUCAAUUCGCUGCUUCUAUUCAAAAAGAUGAACAGGGUAUUCCCAUAAAUGAUUCAGAUAACUAUAAUAACACCAAAUUUGGUCACGCAGAUCAAACAUCUAUAGAAGAACUUACCAAUCAAUUGAAAAGUAGUUUGAAAAUAUAUGAGUCAACUAGAUAUGUUGGUACAGGGUCAUUGUUGAUGUUGAAUGAGACGGGGGAAGAACAAAUGAUUCCGCAACCACAAGAUGAUCUAUCUGUUAUUGAACCAUAUUUAAAAAUUAUGCCUAAUCCUGAAACGGCAGAAAGUUUGAUUGAUGUUUAUUAUCAGAGAAAAGUUGUACUUGACUGUUUCAAAGAUUUAUCAACACCACAACAAUUUCUUUUACUCAAUAGUGUUUUCUUUGCUGCAUCUCCAUUUCAUCCUGAUCCAAAUUUACGAGAUGGUGGGAUACAUUAUCAGGUUUUUAUUAAUUAG